AAAUAAAUUUUGAACAUUUUCAGGUCCCUUCACAGAUGUAGUCACUACAAAUCUUAAACUACGAAACCCAUCAGACAGAAAAGUAUGUUUUAAAGUGAAGACCACGGCACCUCGUCGAUACUGUGUGAGGCCAAAUAGUGGAAUUAUUGACCCAGGAUCUUCUGUAACUGUAUCAGUGAUGUUACAACCUUUUGACUAUGAUCCUAAUGAGAAAAGUAAACACAAGUUUAUGGUACAGACAAUCUUUGCACCACCAAACAUUACAGAUAUGGAGGCUGUGUGGAAGGAUGCAAAAGCUGAGGAUUUAAUGGAUUCCAAAUUGAGAUGUGUAUUUGAAAUGCCUAAUGAAAAUGAUAAGCUGCAGAGUGGGUUUGCAGAGCCUAAUCCUUUAGCCGUUGGUUUAGUCACUCCCCUAAAUCUUGCAAUGAGAGAUCUACUGAGUGCUGAGGGCAUGUCUCACCUGCCAUCUCAGGCUCUACCUUCUUCAGGAUCUGUAUACAUAACUACAGCCAACAACAACAAUCUUCAGACAUCUGCAGAUUUUAGCCAGAAGAUUGACAUGAUGGAGCCAGGCAGUGAGGUCACACACAGGAUGCAUCAGAAUGACAUAGAUGCAAGUAAAUCUGCCCCAAUACUGAAUACAACUAAACAGGAUGGGCCAAUGCCAAAACCACAUAGUGUUUCACUUAAUGACACUGAAACAAGAAAGCUCGUGGAAGAAUGCAAAAGACUUCAGGCAGAUGUGGUGAAACUAUCAGAAGAAAAUAGACAUCUGAGAGACGAAGGUUUGAGGCUGAGAAAGGUGGCACACUCAGAUAAACCUGGACCAUCUGGCUUGGCCUUCCGGGAUAAUGGCUCCAACCCUCUUCCCUCACUUCUUGUUGUAAUUGCAGCCAUUUUCAUUGGAUUCUUUUUAGGGAAAUUCAUCUUGUAGAAAGAGAGAAAGAAAGAAGCAUGCAAAAUGCAGCUUCCUUUUUUUCUUGGCCAGAAAAAAAAAAGUAUUUACCUACCACUUCAUUGGUAGUAUGGCCCAGGUGACCAUUUUUGUGUACAGCAUCAUAUAGGCUUUGCCUUUAAUGAUCUUGCACGGUUAGACAACACAAUAAAAAGAAACUGUUCGGCUGCUGGACGAAAUUGUAUAUUAAUUCAUCAAUAGCAGGUGUCAGUUGCACAUUCAGUCCUUUAUGAAAUCUCAUAAAUAAAGAAUUGUUAUUUCUUUCUGUGGUUUUAAUAAGAGUUAAAAAUUGUUCAAAGUCUUGUAAAUGUUAUUUUAAUAAUCCUUUUAAAAUUUUAUCUGUUGCUCUUGCCUCUUGGAAAAUGAUUACUAGAAUGCUAAUCCCACUUGUUCAGGAAUAUGAUGAGGCAUUUUGUGGGGAAAUGUUUCCUCUUAGUGUGUAAAUUUCUCCUUUACCUUACUUUGCUAAUAUCAUGGCAGAAUUUCUUACCCUUGUGAGGCGGUUGUUGAAAAAGGUUUUCAUCUUUACAGCCCUAUCCCAUGGUAUUUAACAUAUGAAAUAAUAAAACUGUUAACAGAC